CCACCGAGACUGAUGGCCGUCACGUGGAUUACCGUGAUCGCGCUCGCCGCCACCGCGCUUGGAGCCUCGGUCCUAAUGUCAAUCAUCCCGCACAAUGCACCACCAUCGGAUUCAAUUAUAAAAUCCAAUCGCAAUAUAAGGACGCUCAAACGUGUAUCUGAACAGCAAGUGUUCGAGAAGUCUCUAUGUGGCCGAGUGUGGUUAACAGUAAAUUCUAAAACAAUUAUGCGACCAAAGGAUACGACCCUAAUUGACGCCUUGGAAUUGAAUUGGGAUUUCAGCAGCUGCUCUAAUAUACCGGAGAAGAUAGGUCUAUUCGAUGAUCGCCCAGCGUCAUGGCAUAACGCCUUAAUUGCCCUCGUUAUCGAAAAGGAGAGUGGCUACUACAUCACUAAUACAUCCCUCGGAGAAGGUUCGCUUCCCGCUGGCUGGAACAUAGGACCGGGCCUUAAAGGUCCACAUUGUCUAUGGCCGUGGAUUGGAGCUGGAGAUGAUCAGAUAGAAGCUUAUAAUUGUUUAAAGAUACAGCCCACUUGGAUGGAGGAUAACGCUGAUACUAUCAACGCUCUCCGCAUCGGUGACUUGGUGAUCCCAGGUACUCAUAACGCAGGCGCUUGGCGAUUCAACACAGAACUCAGUAAAGUCACAAGAGACAGCUUCGUGCUUUGUCAGGACCGCUCCGUCUGGGCCCAGCUUGUUCAUGGUAUCAGAUACUUCGACUUCAGAGUUGCUUAUUAUGAGUUUUAUCAAAACAAGGAAGAUAGGUAUUGGCUGAACCACAACUUAAUUCGAGUCCGUCCAUUAGUACCACUCCUGAAAGAAAUUCGAACUUUUUUGGAUCACACAUUAGAGGUGGUGUUUCUAGAUGCUCAUCACUUCCCAAUGGGCUUCUACAACCAAGAUGGAUCUCCCAUUAAGAGUGUUCAUCGAGGUCUCAUUGAGCUGGUUCAAAGAGAAUUAGGACCACACUUAGCCCAAGCUAGUGAAUUCCUGACAGGCCCUGGAUCCAAAGGGCCAAGAUUGCAGUCUUUCAUAGAAGCUGAUACUCGAUUGUUAUUCAGCUAUGUGGACAAUGCUAUCGUUGCAGAGAACAACUGGUUGUGGCCAAUUCUGCCCCACCUAUGGGCGAAUACAAAUAACCCAACGGAGCUAUUACAGUUCUUAGACCAAGCCAUUACGGUGUCACCGCAGCCGUAUGCGCGGUCGCCUUUGAACUCAGCGAUGGCUCAGACUACACCAACAGUCCUGGAUAUUUUGUUUCUCCGAGGAUCUCUUAGAGAAAACGCAGACGCCGUCAACCGUAAUGUUACAACUAGGCUAACCACGCGGUGGCGACAUCACGCAAGUAUCGUGUCCACUGAUUUCUUCCUUGGUAACGACGUUAUUGACGUUUCAAUAAUAAUCAAUAAGGAACGUGGUUCACGUUUAUGACACAUCAAACAUAGACGGAGUGGCGGGCUCGUGGUAACGCCGUUCAAAACUCAGACAAUUGCCAUCAAACGCUCCCCGUGGCUUCCGCGCGCGCGAAACCGCUCCGUGCUGCCGUUGUCCUGAUUCACCUAUUUGCCCCUGAUCGGAUAUAUCCGCUGUACAAACAACACUGCCACACAAUAUAUUAUUACAGCGGACCAUAGUGAGAUAUUUUUAAGUAUUUUAUUCGUAGAUUAAGCGAAAACUAGUCCAUCGUUUCUAAAAGAAACGGAAAUUUUGUACAUAAAAUACAAACUUGUGCCAA